AUGCGGUCCUUGGUGGAUCCAACAAAGAUGGCGCUGGCAGUGGCGUUAACGUUAUCGUUUAGCGCCAUUCUCGUCCAGUCCAAUACCUCAAAAACGACAUCGCGAGUAUGCUACGCCACCGUAGCCAACUUCACCCAGAACACGGCCAUCGGUCUCUGUUCGCAGGCAGUACUGCGAGCGCUUAAAGUAGGCACGAACGGUACCAUUGCCUUCGUUACAACUGCAACACAAACUGCGGCAACCGUGCGCAGUCUUUUGCCAACCUACUUUAGCCGAAGGAUAACAUAUCCGUACCUCGAACCGUACAUAGCGGUUGUUGGUGCCGGAACGGAAGCGCCACUAGCCACGAUGCUCUCCAAUGCAACGGUUAGGGCGAACUACAUACGAGUGCUAGUUGCGUUCGUCAAAACGUAUCCGAACUGUGCGGGAAUAAUGAUCGAUUUCAGUGGCCUGACCACUACACAGUCGGCGGGGUAUUCUGCGUUCAUGUCUGCAUUGCUAACGGCAGCUCAGGCAGCGUCGAUCCGUUUGGCUUCGGCUUUACCAUGGGAUGCGACUCGAUACGCAGAUGUGUACUACAACCCGACGCUAACGAAGCUAGCCUUCAACGUACUACGAACGUUUGAAGACAUUUACGAGACAAGCACCACGCUGGUCCAUCCGCUAAAUCCUUUAUUUCCCAUGGCCGCACCAUUCAAUAUUGCGGCAAACACUAUUUACAACAACCUGUUCCGUUGGAUAAUUAAGGGAUUCAGCCCGGGUAGCAUUGUGCUUGGCUUGUCGAUGUACGCACGUGCAUAUACUGUCACGAGUGUUAGUCAAUUCGGUUCCACAGGAACGGCAAGGACAGAAUUGGCAUCAUACUGCGAUGCACUACUGCUUUCCACCCAGUUUGGAGUAGACACAAACAGUGCGGGAGAAAGCAUAACGUCUAGUAGUAGCAUAGCUUACGUGUUUAGCUCAUUUGCUGCGAUUGACAUAAAGCUGAACUUUGCACGUACAAACAAUUUGGCUGGCGUGGCACUGUUCUCGCUAAACACUGCCGGUGAUAACGCCGAACUGUUGCGGUAUAUCACGAGCAUCAUAGCACCGACGCCACCGACCGGAUUCACAUACCCGGUAGCAAAGACUCCUGCAUGCGGUGUAUCAAUAACAUUCCCAACACCGGUAGGGACCACUGUGAGCGGAGGUGGCACAACUAGGGCUGGAGGAGUUACGACCGUGGCUCCAGUUGAUACAACUGCUGCUGGAGGAGGAACAACCGCUGCUGGAGGAGAAACUACUGCCGCUGGAGGAGGAACUACUGCAGCUGGAGGAGGAACUACUGCAGCUGGCGGAGGAACUACUGCUGCUGGAGGAGGAACAACUGCAGCUGGAGGAACUACUGUCGCUGGUGGAACUACUGCAGCCGGAGGGGGAACUACUGCCGCUGGCGGAGGAACAACCGCUGCUGGAGGAGGAACUACCGCUGCUGGAGGAACUACUGCUGCUGGAGGAGGAACAACCGCUGCUGGAGGAGGAACAACCGCUGCUGGUGGAGGAACAACAGCUGCUGGCGGAGGAACUACCGCUGCUGGAGGAGGAACAACUGCAGCUGGAGGAACUACUGCCGCUGGUGGAACUACUGCAGCCGGAGGGGGAACUACUGCCGCUGGCGGAGGAACAACUGCAGCUGGAGGAGGAACAACAGCAGCUGGAGGAGGAACAACCGCUGCUGGAGGAGGAUCAACUGCUGCUGGGGGAGGAACAACCGCUGCUGGCGGAGGAACUACUGCUGCUGGAGGAGGAUCAACUGCAGCUGGAGGAGGAACAACCGCUGCUGGAGGAGGAACAACAGCUGCUGGAGGAGGAUCAACUGCAGCUGGAGGAGGAACAACCGCUGCUGGAGGAGGAACUACAGCAGCUGGAGGAGGAACAACCGCUGCUGGAGGAGGAACAACAGCAGCUGGAGGAGGAACAACCGCUGCUGGAGGAACUACUGCCGCUGGUGGAACUACUGCGGCUGGCGGAGGAACAACCGCUGCUGGAGGAGGAUCUACUGCAGCUGGAGGAGGAACAACAGCUGGAGGAGGAACUACAGCAGCUGGAGGAGGAACUACUGCGGCUGGCGGAGGAACUACUGCAGCUGGUGGAGGAACAACAGCUGCUGGAGGAGGAACAACAGCAGCUGGAGGAGGAACAACCGCUGCUGGAGGAACUACAGCAGCUGGAGGAACUACUGCGGCUGGCGGAGGAACUACUGCUGCUGGAGGAGGAACAACAGCUGCUGGCGGAGGAACAACUGCCGCUGGAGGAGGAUCUACUGCAGCUGGAGGAGGAACAACAGCUGGAGGAGGAACUACUGCGGCUGGCGGAGGAACUACUGCUGCUGGAGGAGAAACAACAGCUGCUGGAGGAGGAACAACAGCAGCUGGAGGAACUACAGCAGCUGGAGGAACUACUGCAGCUGGAGGAGGAACAACCGCUGCUGGAGGAGGAACAACCGCUGCUGGCGGAGGAACUACAGCAGCUGGAGGAACUACUGCCGCUGGUGGAACUUCUGCUGCUGGAGGAGGAACUACUGCAGCUGGAGGAGGAACAACUGCAGCUGGAGGAGGAACUACUGCUGCUGGAGGAGGAACAACUGUCGCUGGAGGAGGAUCAACUGCAGCUGGAGGAGGAACAACCGCUGCUGGUGGAGGAACAACCGCUGCUGGUGGAGGAACUACUGCAGCUGGAGGAGGAUCUACUGCAGCUGGAGGAGGAACAACUGCCGCUGGAGGAGGAACUACUGCUGCUGGAGGAGGAACAACUGCAGCUGGAGGAGGAUCUACUGCUGCUGGAGGAGGAACAACCGCAGCUGGAGGAACUACUGCCGCUGGUGGAACUACUGCCGCUGGAGGAACUACUGCCGCUGGAGGAGGAACAACCGCUGCUGGAGGAGGAACAACUGCAGCUGGAGGAGGAACAACCGCUGCUGGAGGAGGAACAACUGCAGCUGGAGGAGGAACUACCGCUGCUGGAGGAGGAACAACAGCAGCUGGAGGAGGAACAACAGCAGCUGGAGGAGGAACAACCGCUGCUGGAGGAACUACUGCCGCUGGUGGAACUACUGCCGCUGAAGGAACUACUGCGGCUGGCGGAGGAACUACUGCUGCUGGAGGAGGAACAACAGCUGCUGGCGGAGGAACAACUGCAGCUGGAGGAGGAACAACCGCUGCUGGAGGAGGAACAACAGCAGCUGGAGGAGGAACAACCGCUGCUGGAGGAGGAACAACAGCUGCUGGCGGAGGAACAACCGCUGCUGGAGGAGGAACAACCGCUGCGGGAGGAGGAUCAACGGCAGCUGGAGGAGGAACAACCGCUGCUGGAGGAGGAACAACAGCUGCUGGAGGAGGAACAACCGCAGUUGGAGGAACUACUGCCGCUGGUGGAACUACUGCCGCUGGAGGAACUACUGCUGCUGGAGGAGGAACAACCGCUGCGGGAGGAGGAUCAACGGCAGCUGGCGGAGGAACUACAGCAGCUGGAGGAGGAACAACCGCUGCUGGAGGAGGAACAACAGCAGCUGGAGGAGGAACAACCGCUGCUGGAGGAGGAACUACAGCAGCUGGAGGAGGAACAACCGCUGCUGGAGGAGGAACAACAGCAGCUGGAGGAGGAACAACCGCUGCUGGAGGAGGAACAACAGCUGCUGGCGGAGGAACAACCGCUGCUGGAGGCACAACUGCAGCUGGAGGAGGAACAACAGCUGCUGGCGGAGGAACAACCGCAGUUGGAGGAACUACUGCCGCUGGUGGAACUACUGCCGCUGGAGGAACUACUGCUGCUGGAGGAGGAACAACCGCUGCGGGAGGAGGAUCAACGGCAGCUGGAGGAGGAACAACCGCUGCUGGAGGAGGAACAACAGCUGCUGGAGGAGGAACAACCGCUGCUGGAGGAGGAACAACCGCUGCGGGAGGAGGAUCAACGGCAGCUGGAGGAGGAACAACCGCAGCUGGAGGAGGAACUACAGCAGCUGGAGGAGGAACAACCGCUGCUGGAGGAGGAACAACAGCAGCUGGAGGAGGAACAACCGCUGCUGGAGGAACUACUGCCGCUGGUGGAACUACUGCGGCUGGCGGAGGAACAACCGCUGCUGGAGGAGGAUCUACUGCAGCUGGAGGAGGAACAACAGCUGGAGGAGGAACAACAGCAGCUGGAGGAGGAACAACCGCUGCUGGAGGAACUACAGCAGCUGGAGGAACUACUGCGGCUGGCGGAGGAACUACUGCUGCUGGAGGAGGAACAACAGCUGCUGGCGGAGGAACAACUGCCGCUGGAGGAGGAUCUACUGCAGCUGGAGGAGGAACAACAGCUGGAGGAGGAACUACUGCGGCUGGCGGAGGAACUACUGCUGCUGGAGGAGAAACAACAGCUGCUGGAGGAGGAACAACAGCAGCUGGAGGAACUACAGCAGCUGGAGGAACUACUGCAGCUGGAGGAGGAACAACCGCUGCUGGAGGAGGAACAACCGCUGCUGGCGGAGGAACUACAGCAGCUGGAGGAACUACUGCCGCUGGUGGAACUUCUGCUGCUGGAGGAGGAACUACUGCAGCUGGAGGAGGAACAACUGCAGCUGGAGGAGGAACAACUGCCGCUGGAGGAGGAACUACUGCUGCUGGAGGAGGAACAACAGCAGCUGGAGGAGGAACAACCGCAGCUGGAGGAACUACUGCCGCUGGUGGAACUACUGCCGCUGGAGGAACUACUGCCGCUGGAGGAGGAACAACCGCUGCUGGAGGAGGAACAACUGCAGCUGGAGGAGGAACUACCGCUGCUGGAGGAGGAACAACUGCAGCUGGAGGAGGAACUACCGCUGCUGGAGGAGGAACAACAGCAGCUGGAGGAGGAACAACCGCUGCUGGCGGAGGAACAACCGCAGCUGGAGGAACUACUGCCGCUGGAGGAGGAUCAACUGCCGCUGGGGGAGGAUCAACUGCAGCUGGAGGAGGAACAACCGCUGCUGGUGGAGGAACAACCGCUGCUGGUGGAGGAACAACUGCAGCUGGAGGAGGAUCUACUGCAGCUGGAGGAGGAACAACUGCCGCUGGAGGAGGAACUACUGCUGCUGGAGGAGGAACAACUGCAGCUGGAGGAGGAACAACCGCAGCUGGAGGAACUACUGCCGCUGGUGGAACUACUGCCGCUGGAGGAACUACUGCCGCUGGAGGAGGAACAACCGCUGCUGGAGGAGGAACAACUGCAGCUGGAGGAGGAACUACCGCUGCUGGAGGAGGAACAACUGCAGCUGGAGGAGGAACUACCGCUGCUGGAGGAGGAACAACAGCAGCUGGAGGAGGAACUACCGCUGCUGGAGGAGGAACAACUGCAGCUGGAGGAGGAACAACAGCAGCUGGAGGAGGAUCUACUGCAGCUGGAGGAACUACUGCCGCUGGAGGAACUACUGCCGCUGGUGGAACUACUGCAGCUGGAGGAGGAACAACAGCAGCUGGAGGAGAAACUACUGCUGCUGGAGGAGGAACAACUGCAGCUGGAGGAACUACUGCCGCUGGUGGAACUACUGCAGCUGGAGGAACUACUGCUGCUGGAGGAGGAACAACUGCAGCUGGUGGAGGAACAACUGCAGCUGGAGGAGGAACUACAGCAGCUGGUCUAGGAACAACCGCAGCUGGAGGAGGAACAACCGCUGCUGGCGGAGGAACAACCGCAGUUGGAGGAACUACUGCCGCUGGAGGAGGAACAACAGCUGCUGGAGGAGGAACAACUGCAGCUGGAGGAGGAACUACCGCUGCUGGAGGAGGAACAACUGCAGCUGGAGGAGGAACUACCGCUGCUGGAGGAGGAACAACUGCAGCUGGAGGAGGAACUACCGCUGCUGGAGGAGGAACAACUGCAGCUGGAGGAGGAACAACAGCAGCUGGAGGAACUACUGCCGCUGGAGGAACUACUGCCGCUGGUGGAACUACUGCAGCUGGAGGAGGAACAACAGCAGCUGGAGGAGAAACUACUGCUGCUGGAGGAGGAACAACUGCAGCUGGAGGAACUGCUGCCGCUGGUGGAACUACUGCAGCUGGAGGAACUACUGCCGCUGGAGGAGGAACUACUGCCGCUGGAGGAACUACUGCCGCUGGUGGAACUACUGCAGCCGGAGGGGGAACUACUGCCGCUGGCGGAGGAACAACUGCAGCUGGAGGAGGAACAACAGCAGCUGGAGGAGGAACAACCGCUGCUGGAGGAGGAACUACUGCCGCUGGAGGAGGAACAACAGUCGCUGGAGGAGGAACAACCGCUGCUGGAGGAGCAACAACCGCUGCUGGAGGAGGAUCUACUGCUGCUGGAGGAGCAACAACUGCAGCCGGAGAAACUACAACUGCUGCUGGAGGAGCCACAACUGCAGCACCUGCACCUGAAGUUAUUUGUGGAAUUACUGUAAAGAGUCAGUAUGGUGGUCUUGUGAGCAGUUUUUGUAAUACCCUGUCCGAAAUUACGAUAUACAUUACAUCAGGUAGUAGCUGUGGUGUUGUUGUUUAA